GGGACCCUUGUUCCGAGUGAACGGCCCUAUGCAGUGCAAAAGAAUGCUCAUAAUAUGUAGGGCGGUGGUCGGAACCCUUUAAGAUGCCUUCUUUCUCUUCCCCUCAUUCUUCACUCCGCCUCUGAACCCAUGACAGUUCUUGAUCGGAGUGUUUUUUUUUGGCUCGUUAGGAUCAAAUGGUCUAUUCAGGUUUACUCACAUACUCGAACCCUUCCAUUUAUCUGCUUUUUCUUGAUAUUGUGUCUCGUUCUUGGUGGUAUCAUCUGCUAUCUUUUUACUUGUUGUCGAGCUCCCGGACCGUUUCGCAGCCCAGUCAUGGUUGUCCUUCUGACAGAAGCAAGCCGCUUGCGAAGUAAGCAUCCAGAUAUCUGUCCCUCAGAGUCGAAAGAGAUAGAAUCUCUUGCAGACGGCUACUUCUCAUGGGUUACCCCUUCACCUAUCUCCAGGAAUCCAGAACUUCCUUCAAUUCCAUAUACCCAUUUUGCAUUGAUAGCGAUUGACGGGAGAGGAUGUGUGAGAUAUCAUACGUCACAGUCUCUUGAGAGACAUUGCCGCUAUAUCUUCACCCCGGACCUUAAAGAGCGAUUUAUCCAGGCCACAGGAACAUACGCGAGACCCCAAAGGAUAGAGGCUCAACCAAAAAGACGCCGCCUUGAUUUGGAAGAAAUACCUGAUGCCAGCUUUGAAACCGUGGACCGAAUUCCGCUUAAGAUUGGGGAAGAAGACAAGAUCCUUGACUACUAUGAAUCAGCUUUCCGCGCAUUCCAGCAGAUUAACUGCCGCCAAAUUGCAAAGGCAUUUAUCAAAAUCAUCGAACCAAGAAAACAAGUUAAGCACCCUUACAAUGGAGGUAGAGGUGCGUCAGGAGAAAAAGGAGAUCCAGAAAAAACUAAGCCCGAUUGGUGGCCUGCGGGAGUGAUCCAUAGAGAGCCGGAUCACUUAAAGAAGCCCGAACGUAUUCGGCUUUUAGUCCAUAUCAUCCGAAACCUUCGCAAAUCUCAUAACAUUACGGCUGAUAAGCUUGAGGAAGCCGGUAGAGACGUCAAACGCCAAAUCAAGCCCCGUGAGCGGUGGGAUAUUCUUGAAGAGAUAUAUGCCGUUAGGAGGAUGGAGGAGAGCUAUGAAAGAGACGAAAUUGGCGCCGAUGCUGUCGUGUAUGUUAUCAAUCGAGAUUCCACCGCCAGAAGUGAACGGGAUUCCGAAUGUCUAUCCGACUCCGGCCAUGUUUCACACAAGGAGAGUUACCUGGAUAAUUUUAAUGGAUAUGCCAGAAUGGAAGAUACCAAACCAGGGAUUAAGUACCCAGUCCAGGAAUUUGUUCCCUCCCCCGUGGAACAGAUUGGUAACCCCGUUACAACAGAUCCCUGGUCGAUCCCACAGUCGUCAUUCUAUCCAGUUGGUUAUGAAGCUGCGCCGGCAUCAAUUGGCGUUCAGCAACAACAGGCCCUUCCACAGCCUUUGACACCAACAACUACAACUCCAGACAUGCAUAUGCGAAUGCAGUCCAAUUUUGAUUUUAUGCCACUAGGAGCCCCUUCGUUCCAGCCUGGAUCCUUAGGCCAUCCUCAUCUCCUUCACCAUGAGGCCGAUGAAUCGAUUACACACUACAAAUAAUUUCCUGGACCCUUUCCAUCUGGACCUUUGUUCAUUCAUUUCUUGAAAAGUUUAUACUGGGCGGAAUUUGUCUACCGAAAAUUCAAAGCGCUACAAUACCCUGGGCAAGCUAAAUAUAGGUUGGAGCAGGUGGCGGCUGUCUUGUUUUCGUUUUAGUAUUUUCCCUGAGGCUUCUUUUGAAGCCCCGUUGUAUUUCUUUAACUCCUUGUAUGGACAGUUCGGCCUUCUGUUUGCUUUUACAGAUCAGGGUUUUCCAGACCCCAGCAUGCAUGUUACAUGCCCAGCACCUUUUUGAAACCAUCUUACAACCACAUAAUAGGGCAUCUCCUUUGAGCCUUUGGCUAAAGCCUCUUAAUAUGCUUUUCUCUCAACUGCCGUUGAUUUAUCCCAAAAUUACUGUAUUUUCACCCUCUCACCGCGCAAUACUCUGGAACGAGUGCUGGAACUCGAUGCCUGAACAAGUCAUGGUGAACCCGGAUGUAUAGGUCCAAACUUGGAAAGGAUUAGUGCUGUUAAUUGUUAUUAGCACUGAACACGAUCCCUUCGAAUAUCACUGUCCAAAAUGUUUGUAACUUGCUUGGUGUGUGAUUUGCGUCCGAGU